AUGAUGGAAGAAAUGGAAUAUUUAAGACUGCCACCAAUUUUGGCAAAAUAAGUUUAACAUCCUGAGGAAUAUGUGCGAAAAAAUGAUCCUAAGGAGCCUGUUAGAAGGAUUUUUAAAAAUGUUCCAAUAUCUCAAGACGAACGCAAGCUACUGCAAUAACUUAAAGAUAAUCUAGCAGCUUAUAAAAUUGAAAUAAAUCCUGACUCAUAAACAGACGAAGUGCUUUUACGUUAUCUAUAUGCUAAUAAUUUCAAUAUUGAAAAUACAAAAGACAUGCUAAGAAGUCAUUUAGGUUGGUUACGAGAACCAAAAAAUUAUGAAUUUGAUCAAGAUGUUCUAGAUAUUUAUGUAAUUUCAUGUAUAUAAUAGAAUAAAGGCAUUGUCUACAUUUUAGGAAGAGAUAAAUAAUAUAGACCUACGUUGAUUAUUAAUUGCGAUUAAAUCACAACUAUUAAUGUGGAACUCUUAAAACGGGCUAUUAGCAUUUUAUGUAUAAUAAUGGAAGAUUAUUGCUUUUUUGAUGGUAAAAUUGAAAAUUGGAAUAUUAUUAUCGAUCUUAAGGAGAAAUGUGUUUUAAAUGUUAAAUUAUAAGAGUAUUAUUCUUUAUUUUAAUUAAUGUAUUAAAAUUUUCCAUGCACUGUAGAUAAAAUAUUUAUUUUACAUCCUUCCUUAAGUAUAUAAUUGGGAUGGGCUGAAUUUUUGGAGCACGUUUUUAACAAAAAGAAGAUAAUAAUUGUAUCUGACAUUAAUUAAUUUAAAAAAUAUUAUGAACCUACAUAAUUAGAAAGGAAAUAUGGAGGAAGAAUAGAAAUAAAAAAGUAUUUUCCACCAUUGAAUACCAUACCUGAAGGAAAGUAAUUAACUGAACCUUUAAAGCUUUUAGAAUCCAUGAAUUAAUAACAAUAAUAAUAAAUUUAAAUACAGACUAAACAAAGCAUUUAAGCCUAAAACACUUUCUAAGAAACAGUGACAAAAUAAGUUUAACCAACAGAGACCCUUAAAAUGACAAAAUCAAAAAUUGAGAGAGAUUUCUCUGUUUACCCAUAGCAAGAAGUCAAUGACUUUAAAGUUUAUAGACCAACAGAAAUUUCCAAAGAACCUAUUAAAAACAUUUCCAAAUAUAAUCGGCUAACUUAAGCAGAAAUAAUGAAAAAAGAGUAUGAAUUUCAAGUACAACAAACCAUUCUGCAACAAAAAUAGGCAGAAGUAAUGAAAAGCUAUAAAUAUAAACAAAGCUAGAUGAUUUUUGAAGGAAAUGAUUAAGAUGAAAUAUUAAGUGAGUAAAUUCGAACUUAAACUGUAAAGCCUUAAUCUGUUUAAGGUCAACCCCAAAAUGCAAAAGGAAGAUUAACAGCUGAAUAAGCAGAAGAAGAUAAUGCUGCUUGCAUAAUAUUUUGA